AUGAAGAAGCCCUCAGAGGACAGAAAUGUGACCUCUCUGAACCCAGAUCUGGAGGACAGAGCUCCUGAAAUUACAGACAUCUCAGUUAACACAUCAGUAUAUCAACAUCUUUUUUUUCCUGCCAAGACGAAACAGAAAAGGCAGGCGUAUGAUAAUAAGAGUAAUGUGAAAUGGCAGACCUGGCGUGGUUCCCUCCCUGAUGGAGCAGUGUCAAUUUACAACACAAUUGAGGAACGUACUGACUAUGUCUGCAAAUUUAAAUGCAUUGCUGGCUUCUACAGCCAUAGCUUGGGAGAUUUCUGCCACUUCCCUUAUGCCGACAUAGAGUAUCGUGCACCCUUCUUUGAUAUCCUUGUGAAUGAAGACAACUUUGAGAUCCUGGAGUGGAAAGAAGGUUCCUUUGGUUCAGUGUCUGAACAUGCAGUCAGAACAUGUUCUAGUGAUAAGGUGUAUGUUGGAAAAAACAAGUAUGGUCUGGGUAAAGUGCAUCCUAGGAACAGGGCAUUUUAUCUUCCUUGGAAAGGUACAGAAUAUUGGUAUUGGUACUAUGAGGUGCUGACCAUCAAUAGGGAUGUGAAGAGUGAGCGCAUCUCUGAUGUCUCGUAUAAAAUUAAUGACGGUGAAACCACCCGGUAUCCUCCAGAGACCAUGCGUAUCUUUUCUACUUCUAACAAUGGUUGCAAUUCCGUGACAAAGACAGUAACUCUUUCUAAGACGGUUAGAGAUGAGAAAAGUUGGGACAUUCAAGCUUCUCUAUCGGUUGGUGUCACUAAGACUUUCAGUGCAGGAAUCCCUAGCAUAGUAUCUGGAAUGAUUGAGGUUAGUACUCUCGUAAGUAUUGACUUUUCAGAGGGGGCAACUCAUGCAGAAGACUUCACCCACUCUGCUGAAGUACAGGUCUCUGUCCCACCAAACCACUCCUGCAAAGUCAAAAUGCUGGCUUACAAGUACAAUGUAAACAUCCCUUUUACUGCUCUCCUCACCCGAACCUACAGUAACACAGUGACUAAACGAAUGCGCAUCUCAGGAACGUACCACGGCAUCCAGGUCGGAGAGGUCCGUGCUGUGGUAGAAAGGUGUGCUCACAUAAGUUCUGCACAGCCUUGCCCACAAAAGACAUAAUAACACCGUUGUAAUCAUAUAUGUAUGUAUGUAUAUAUAUAUAUAUAUAUAUAAUUUUUCUGCAUUUGUUCUUCUAUUGCUCAGAACUAAUUGUGAAACAUUUGUGAAGUCAAUUGUGUUAUUUUUAAAUGUGCUAUGGAAAUAAAAUUGAUU